UUAAAAACAAAGACUCGAUUUUAGUGCUUUAAAUUCAAAAAUCGUUACUCAAUGAUAUGACUUUAGGCUAGGUGAUGUGGCAAUCAUGGAGGCAAGUGUGGUGAUUGCGGUGUCCUCGCCACAUCGGCAAGCGAGUCUUCAAGCCGUCCAAUUUGCCAUAGAGACUCUGAAGGCGUCAAUUCCCGUUUGGAAAAAGGAGGAAUACGAGGAUUCUGAGGCCGGAUCAUCAUGGAAGGAGAACAAGGAAUGUUCCUGGAGCAACCAAUCAUCGUGAUAUAUGUUGUUGAGUAGCUUUAAGCUGUUGUUAGAAUUUAUACUAUGUUAGCGCUAAGGUGCAUGCACUAAAUGAAUAUAGAAUUUAAAGUUUUGUGAU